AUGGUUGACGGAAAAGGCGACGCAGUUACGGCAAUCUUCGGCGAGGUCUCCGCGGCAGAGGAAAAGUCCGGUGACCCUGUCGGGGGCUUGUCCGCUAUGGCGUUUUGGAAUCCGGUGGAGUAUGAGGCGUUGGGGGAAGAGAGAGAGGACAAAAGGGUUUUGAGAUUGGUGGAGAAAACAGGAUUUCUAGCAGAAGCUUUGAAGCUAGUGAGGAAGGAGAAAAGGAAAAGGAAAAUCAAAGAGGUGCAAGAAGACAUGGUUCGACUUCCUUGA